AUGGACAGUCUGAAAGAGGCUGCCCGCCGCACCCUCAUUCAAGCUGGCCUGCGGCACCAGUCCCUCCCAACGACUAAUGAUGCCAAGGACAGCGAGCGUCUCCUUGCGUCGCCGUCGCCAUCGGGAGACUCGGACCUGACGGCGUGCGAGAAGAAGACGCGGGACUCAUGUGAAUGUGUCUGCCACCAGACGGGGCCGCUGUGGCCGCUGCAACGGCUGAUGACCGCUCGGAUCAAUUUGUUUGCGAGCUUGUUCUGGCUGCUUGGUGCGCUGUUGAUGAUUCUUGCGUUUGGGGGGAAGCGGGGAAUGCCUGAGAAUGGGAUCUUUGGUUGGUCACCGGUUGUGGAUGAUAACAUGUCGGAGUAUGUCGAGUAUACAUUUCCUUAUUUCGAUGUCGAUCCUGGCCAGGAGCUGUGGAACAACAAGCCGACAUAUGAGCAAGAUGUCAGGUGGUAUGAAUCGUACAACUGGCUCACGGCCGUUCCAACCAAGGAUGCCGAGCAAAUACCCAAUGGCACAGUCAGAAUCCCAGGUGAUGAAGAAAACAGUCUCGUGUGGCUCGGCGUCUUCCACGAGCUCCACUGCAUCAACGUGCUUCGGAAGCUGGUUUGGUUCGAGUACUACAGUGUCAUGGCGGAUCUGGUCGCUGGAAGGAACAAUAUGAGAAACCAUCUAAUCCACUGCGUCGACGCUAUCCGCAAGGCCACCAUGUGCCACGCCGACAUAACCCCGAUCCCCUUCUGGUCCAAGCCCGAGCUGAAAAACGGCGAGAUCACGCCCAUGUUCAAGACCCCGCACACGUGCCGCAGCUACGACCGCGUGCGCACCUGGGCCGAGGAGCACCGCGUCGAGCACUUUGAGUGCACGGACGAGGUGACGUGCGGCGCGCUGAACGCCAUCACCAUGACGGUGCCGCCUGGCGACCCGCAGCCUACACACUGGCCGGACCCAAACCCGGCGGAGGCGGAUGUGUACACGGAGGAGGAUAAGAAGAUUUUGCAGUGCGAUAAGAGCGUGCUGGACUGGUGCUGA